UAUUUGGACUUUGACCUAUAUCUGACUAAAAAAAAAUUCGGUUUAAAGCUCUGAAAUCUUAAAGCCUGGUCUGGUCAGCGGACACUUUUGACAGUGCUAAAAGUCAAGGCAAAAAAUGUUGUUAUUUUUAAGCCUUCUUGUCACAGCUGCAUUGGCUGCUAACAACCCAUUCGUCCAAGACUACCACUUGUCGAGUGAGGACAUCAGGUUUCUGCAGAGUUUACCAAAAGUUAAGGCAGGAACUCGCCUCCCUGGCUUCAAAUAUGUCUACCUCGAGGCCGGAAGUCAUCUUACCACCGUUCUAAACCCCGCCCACAGCCAGCUGGAGAUUGCCGGGUCACCCCACACUUCCCAGCAUGCUGUGGAUAUCGCAGCAGACGUGAUCCUCAAGAUGACAAAGUACAUGCCGGCCAGUAUGUUUCACGAUUUGACCAGAGGAACUGUGGGCAUUUUCACUGCUGCUGAAAAAUUGACCAUUUUCCCAGAAAUGGCUUCCUUGGCUAACGGUAACUGUGGAACUUCCUGUGCAGGCUCCUGUUCCCAUACGUGUACGUUUGAUGGACGUAAAUAUGAAGACAUCGGCGGCCUGACCAAUUCCAGAGCCGUGGUCCUUGACGACAUUGUCCUCUGUUCAGCCCGUGACCCAUACCAUCAUAUCACCAACAUUCUGGUCCACGAGUUCGGACACUUGGUCCACUUCUACGCCACCACCCCUGCCAUCAAGACCCAGAUCCUGAACGCCUACCACGCGGCCAAGCAGCACCAAACCUGGCAGCUCAACACUUACGCCAUGGCCAACGAGCACGAAUACUGGGCCAUGGCCACCGCCACCUUCUUCGGGGUGACCCACGAGGGUGACAGCAACACAGGAGGCAUGAACCACUGCGGAGCCGGCAUCUGCGCGGGUGUCCAGCAAGCCAGGGAACACCUGAGACAAAAAGACCCAGCCCUGUUCAAUGCCCUCUCCCUUGUUUACACAAAUAACCAGCCAAAUAUAAACCCAGGAAUCCCCAUUUGUCCAAGUGGUUCCGUAGUUGUCGGGUGAGCUUGCUGCGACAAAUUAAAGUACAUUCAAGGUGUGUCUUCCUUCGUGAUAUGACGUCUUAUUUGAAGGCAUGUCGCAAUGCAGAUUUAGCCGUUUUGGGAUUUUAAAACGUGUUUACAUAAUAAUAAAUCAUCAACAAGUA